AUGGAUACUUAUUUCUUACAGAUCACUUUUUUCUGUUCGCUUUUGAUAUUUUCCCUAAGCAUCCCCCAAAAUAGGCCAGCAGUUUCGGAGGAAGCUCUAGAGAAGACCUUAAAUGACAGACGGUAUCUCAUGAGACAACUACAAUGUGCUUUAGGAGAAGCCCCUUGCGAUUCUGUUGGGAGGAGGCUCAAAAGUUUGGCUCCCUUGGUUUUGAGAGGAACUUGCCCCCAAUGUAGCCCCAAUGAAAUGCGUCAAAUUCAAAAAGUCCUAGCCCACGUUCAGAAAAAUUAUCCUAAAGAAUGGGGCCGAAUUUUACAACAGUAUUCGUCAGGUUGAGUGAAAAAUUUGUCAAAAAAAGUUUGUUUAGCAACUUGUUGCUUAUAGGCUUAUAAAUAUUAGUAACAAUAUUUUUAUACAAUUCCAUAAAAUUAGUACCUAUUAUAAGCAACGUUUUCGUUUGUGUAGAAGUGACAAAACAAUUAGUAUUUCAUUUGUGUACACAAGUAAUUCACAAAGGACUGUGUUAUUUAGACAUUAAGGAUUAUUAAAUAAACGAUAAGAUACGAA